GGAACGAGAGCGUGAGCUGUACGGGCCCAAGAAGAGAGGACCUAAGCCUAAAACUUUUCUCCUGAAGGCUCGGGCCCAAGCGGAGGCCCUCCACAUUGGGGAUGUACACUUUUCUGUCAAGCCUGGUUCUAGCACCUCCUCUCCCAAGCUCCACUCCACCGCGGUGCACCGGCUCAAGAAAGACAUCCGGCGAUGCCAUCGCAUGUCCCGGCGCCCUCUGCCCCGUCCAGACCCCCAGAACGGUGGGAGCGUGGGUGGCGGGGCUGGCAUCUCGCCUUUCUCGGAGACCGUCCGCAUCAUCAACCGUAAGGUGAAACCCCGUGAGCCCAAGCGCAGCCGCAUCAUCCUCAACCUCAAAGUCAUUGACAAAGGUGGGAAACCAGCCAACGGGGCCGGGGGCCUGGCUCGACCUAAGAUCCCAUCCCGAAACCGCGUCAUUGGCAAGAACUGGCGUGAGUCGGAGGUCCUCGACCUCUCGAUCCCACCCGAGUCGGCCGCCACCAGCAAGCAUUCUCCCCCGGGAGGGUGCAGUGGAGGGCAGACGCCCUCCUUGUCCCUCUCCUCUUCUGACCCGGAGCAGGAGGCCGGCGACUGGCGUCCCGAGAUGUCCCCUUGCUCUAACGUGGUGGUCACGGAUGUCACCAGCAACCUCCUCACCGUCACCAUCAAGGAGUUCUGCAACGCGGAGGAUUUUGAGAAGGUGGCGGCGGGCAGCGGCGGCGGCGGAGGCAGCAAGUGA